GCCGCCUCUGUCCCUCGGCUUCCUCCCGCGCCGUCUCUACAGCCGGCCCAAAGAGAGCGAGGAGCCCGAAAACGCCGAGCCGCUGUCCUUCACCAAGAGCCCCGCCAACCCCCGCCGGUGGAGCACGCGGCAAUCCAUGGGCAGCGACCAGCAGCAGCCCCUCUGGCGGGCCAUGCUGAUCAGCCUGAGCAUUGCGCUGCUCCUCCUCUGGUGCGUUUUGCGCCCCGAGACCGAGGUGGACCGGCAGGCCGAAGAAUUCUUGCAACGCUUGCAGAUUAUACCGCAACAGGAACCGCCCCCUUCCAUCCCUUCGGGGGAGGACGAGAAGAAGCCUUAACUCGGACAUGGGGAGGAUCAGGAAGCCUACCAGGGCAAGGAUGGGCAGGGCUGGCCCAGCUGCUUGCCCGGGGGAAGAGGAAAAUGAUUGAUGACGGUUGAUAAGAGAGAAGGCUGAGCUCAGGAAACGGCUCUUUAAAAUGAACUAUGCCCAACUUGGGUGAAUUGCGAAUUGAAGUGGCCUAUCUCCUGCGUGCCCCCCCGUUUAUUUAAAAAAAAAACCAGUGAAAAGGAGAUUGAGUUCCCCCAAACUUUUCUCAGUUGGGGGAUGAGGCUGAAGGGCGGCAAAACACCAUAUAUAUAU